CUCUCUUUCUUCUCUCUCUCUCCCUCCCUCCCUCUCUCUCUCUCGUGCUUCUGGUGUGCGGGGUUCUCCUGCUCCGAGGGUCGCCGGCUGUGCGCGCAGGGCUGCCGGGCGCUUUUUUUGCCCCCCAACCCGCGGAACGUCAGGAGUUCCCUCCAAGCUCGGCGAUCUUUUUGGGGGGGAAGUGGGUUUAUCGCGGAGCCGAAGCCCCGGCACGGAUUGGAAACCUCGGCAAGGAAAUUCUGGGACGGAAUCCGGAAUCGUCUCGGGGACUUGCGAAAGAAACCCGCGCGUCGGGCUUGGAGAGGAAUCGCUCUUUUUUCCCAUCUCGGUUUUUCUCCAGCCUCCCCGAAAAUGGAUACAGUUCCUCUGCUCUGGGGAUUUCUCCUCCUUCGUUUGGCCGGAUCGGGAGUUUUGGGGCAAGCGGCAGCUCAGCCAUGCGGGGGCCGCUUGAACUCCAAAGAUGCUGGCUACAUCACUUCACCCGGGUAUCCACAAGACUACCCUUCCCAUCAGAACUGUGAGUGGAUCAUUUACGCCCCAGAACCCAACCAGAAGAUCACGCUCAACUUUAACCCUCACUUUGAAAUUGAGAAACACGAUUGCAAGUAAGUGGUUUCUUCUUUUUUUUGGUCU